CUAAUGAGCCAGUUCUUCCCACCGGUCUCCUGCCUGGAAGUGCUGACAGAUCAAGGCAACAAAUUUCAAUUACAAGCCCUAAUUUGUGUCCGCAGAGCGUUUGUUACCCAUGUCAGUCCUGCCUGGCCCAUCAGACGGGGCAGAACGUGGAGGAGGAGGAGGAGGGGGAGAGAAGGAGCGCAUCUGCAGAAAGGAAUAGAUUUUUUUUUCCUCCUUUUUUAAAAAAAAACCACCUCCCCCCCCCCCAAAAAAAAAAAAAAACUUGGCUGAUAACUCGGAUUUAAAAAGAAAGGCGAGGAAAAGCCCCAGCCCCUUGCCGGCGCGGUCGGGAGGACGGGAGGGCGGCCGCGCAGCGGGCCGGGCGCGGGUGCCGGUGCCGGCGGCCGCGGCGCGCCUGGAUGCGCGGGCUGUAGGGGGGCGGGCAUGGCCGACAAGCGGCGGUCCUCGCCCGGCACCACCAUGAGCCUCAAGGCUCACGCCUUCUCCGUGGAGGCGCUCAUCGGGGCCGAGAAGCAGCAGCAGCAGCAGCAGCAGCAGCAGCCGCCGCCGCCGCGGCAGCCCAAGCGGCGGAAGCUGGGCGGCGAGGACGAGGCGGCGGAGGACGAAGGGGGCAGCGGCUGCUGCGCCAAGAGCUCCCCCGCCGCCGCCGCCGCCGGUGGCAGGACCUGCGGCGACAUGGAGCUGGGCUGCGCCCCCCGCGCCCCCGCCGGCGGCUGCGAGGAGGGCUUCCUGGCGGCCUCCCCGCCCGCCUCCCCCGGCGGCUCCCCGAAGGGUUCGAGGCCCGGCUCGCCGCUGCCCACGCCGCAGGCGCCGCGGGUGGACCUGCAGGGCGCCGAGCUGUGGAAGCGCUUCCACGAGAUCGGCACCGAGAUGAUCAUCACCAAGGCGGGAAGGCGGAUGUUUCCCGCAAUGAGAGUGAAGAUCUCAGGUUUAGACCCACAUCAGCAGUAUUAUAUUGCUAUGGAUAUUGUGCCAGUGGAUAACAAAAGAUACAGGUAUGUUUAUCAUAGCUCCAAGUGGAUGGUGGCAGGUAAUGCAGACUCCCCAGUACCGCCUCGUGUUUAUAUUCACCCUGAUUCACCCGCCUCUGGGGAGACAUGGAUGAGACAAGUGAUCAGCUUCGACAAACUGAAGCUUACCAAUAACGAGCUGGACGAUCAAGGGCAUAUUAUCCUUCACUCUAUGCAUAAGUAUCAGCCUCGUGUCCACGUCAUCCGAAAAGACUGUGGAGAUGAUCUGUCCCCCGUCAAGCCUAUCCCUUCAGGAGAAGGGGUGAAAGCCUUCUCCUUUCCAGAGACCGUUUUCACUACUGUCACGGCGUACCAAAAUCAGCAGAUAACUCGCCUGAAGAUUGAUAGGAAUCCAUUCGCCAAAGGGUUUAGAGAUUCGGGACGUAACAGAAUGGGACUGGAAGCUCUGGUAGAGUCUUACGCCUUCUGGAGACCUUCACUGAGGACACUUACAUUUGAAGAUAUACCUGGGAUACCCAAACAGGGAAAUGCAGGUUCCUCUACUUUACUCCAGGGGUCUGGCAGUGGAGUGCCAUCUACCCACCCUCACCUUUUACCGGGUUCCCCUUGCUCAUCUCCAGCCUUCCACCUCAGUCCCAACACUAGCCAGCUCUGUAGCCUUGCUCCGGCUGACUACACAGCUUGUGCCCGCUCAGGCUUGACCCUGAACAGAUACAGCACUUCUUUGGCUGAAACCUACAACAGGCUCACAAACCAAACCAGUGAGACGUUUGCGCCCCCGAGGACUCCCUCCUAUGUCGGUGUGUCGAGUAGCACAACUGUGAAUAUGUCUAUGAGUGGCAAUGAUGGGGACGCAUUCAGCUGCCCACAGACUGGCUUAUCUAUGCAGAUUUCAGGGAUGUCUCCACAGCUCCAGUACAUCAUGCCAUCCCCAUCCAGCAAUGCCUUUACCACUAAUCAAACCCACCAAGGCUCCUACAACACGUUUAGACUGCACAGUCCCUGUGCGCUCUAUGGAUAUAACUUUUCCACAUCCCCUAAACUGGCUGCCAGUCCUGAGAAAAUCGUUUCUUCCCAAGGAAGUUUCUUGGGGUCCUCGCCAAGUGGAACCAUGACGGAUCGGCAGAUGUUGCCCCCCGUGGAAGGAGUGCACUUACUUAGCAGUGGGGGGCAGCAGAAUUUCUUUGACUCUAGGACCCUAGGAAGCUUAACACUCUCGUCUUCUCAAGUGUCUGCACAUAUGGUUUGAUGAAGCCUUUAAGUAAAAGUACAGUAUGUUUGGUGUCUACAAUGUAUUUCUUUUGGAAUAUGAAAGGACAUUCGAUGUAGCUUGUAAAGUGUGUGUACAUAUAAUAUGAGAGGAAGUUUCACUGAAUUUUUGACUUGCUUGUGGCCAGAUUAUUCUUCUAUUUUGAGUUACACAGAGUUUGUUGCGGCGCAGACUGCUUUAGUUUUCUGGUAUAAUACACUUAGUUGUAUAACACGUUGGGACAUAUGCAACAAAUUAAGUAAGACUUCCUCCCCUUUCCCCUUCCUCUGUUCUAACCUCUUUAAAGAAUGAAAUGACACUUGGAGUAUUAAACAACACAAACAAGCCCACUUACAUUUCCUAUAGUACUAGUGAGUUUCUUUAAAACAUUCGUACAAUGAUAAGCUGAUGCACCAAAGGCAUUUUACAAGUUUCUUCUCUGUUAUAAGGGAUUUGAAGGGUAUUUGGACUUUUAAGUGUUAAGCGUCAAGCAUCCAGCCUAAAAUAGAAGUUUAGCUAAUGGAUUAUUUACAAAGUAAACAGAAAGAUUAGUUUGCCUUCUCAUGAUAUGCUGUUUUUAGCUUAUCAACAGCACAGCAUUCUGUAUCUUUUUUCAGCAUUAGUCUAGAUUUAUGUUUAAGUGUUUGAAGACAAAUAAUGCAUAUUCAAAUUGUGGCGAUAGGAGUAAUUUAAACCAACAGCGGAAGAAGCGGCAGUCCUUGGUACAGAAUGAACUUUGGGGUGCUUCAUUUUUGUCAAAGGAAGGGCUUGAUGCAUUUUUUCCUCCAUAAAUAUUGCCUAUAGACAUUUACUGGACAGUAGGAUAUUCUAAUGUAUCUUUGUUUUUGUAUUUUUACUUCUUUUAAGGAAAAUGCAGGUUUGAUUUAGGAAAAAAGAAGUGAUCAGGAUGAGAAAUUCCAUUAUUGGUUUUACCCUUUUUUGUGUGUAUUGUGUUUUGGGUUUGGUGGUUGUUUUUUUUUUU